CCCUUGGGUCCAAGAGUGAUGAACGCGCUGCGAGCAGACCCCAAAUCGGUGGAUGUCAGAGCACAGGCGCAAUGGUUCUACGGCAUAGGAGAGAGGGUGCUCGAGUUGUUCGAGGAGGAAGGGGCGGUGGAAGUGUUGAGUGAUACGUUCCAAAAGCGCGCCAUGGAGAUUGCAGACAAGGCGCAAAACACCCGCACUGUUCAGCAGGGCGCAGGCAGUGGCGAUUUCCUGGGCACUCUGGAUGAAACAGAACGAUCACGCAAUCGACUCGCUAACGAGUGCGCAGUGUUCCGUGCUGCUCACGAUGGCACUAAUGCCGUGAAGAAGUGGCUUGACCACACCAGCAAAACAUAA